AUGCGUGCUGAGGGUCAACGUUUGAACAUCAUCAUUGUUGCCGAAGGAGCGAUUGAUCGGGAUGGCAAUGCGAUUUCAGCAGAGCUCGUCAAAGACGUCGUUGCAAAAACUUUGCACUACGAUACCAGGGUGACCGUGUUGGGACAUGUCCAACGCGGUGGUGCUCCGUCUGCCUUUGAUCGUCUACUUGGCUGUAGAAUGGGCGCAGAAGCCGUGCUAGCUCUCAUGGAGAUGAACGAGGAGUCUGAACCUUGCGUUAUCUCAAUUGACGGAAACCAAAUGGUGCGUGUGCCUCUCAUGCAAUGUGUGGAACGAACUCAGGCCGUGCAAAAAGCUAUGAACGAAAAAGAUUGGGAGCUAGCCGUCAAACUGCGCGGACGCAGCUUCCAGCGUAAUUUGGAGACGUAUAAGCUUUUGACGAAACUUCGUACGGUUGAGAAGGACAACCUUUCUGGUGGACAGAAUUUCAAUGUCGCCGUAAUGAACGUUGGAGCUCCAGCUGGAGGAAUGAACGCCGCUGUUCGAUCUUUUGUGCGUAUGGCAUUGUACCAUCACUGCACUGUUUACGGUAUUGAAGAUUCCUUCGAAGGUUUAGCCAACGGUGCCUUCAAGAAGUUCCAAUGGGGAGACGUGACAAACUGGGUAAUGCAUGGUGGCUCGUUCUUGGGGACGCAGAAACAACUACCCAACGAGAAGAAUGUUCCACAUAUCGCAGAACAGCUCAGAAAGCAUAAUAUCCAAGCGCUGUUGCUUGUAGGAGGAUUUGAGGCUUACCACUCCACUCUUAUUCUCUCGAAAAAUCGUGACAGAUAUCCCGAGUUUUGUAUACCAAUGUGUGUUAUACCAUGCACCAUCAGCAACAAUGUACCAGGAACAUCCCUAUCGCUCGGUUCUGAUACGGCUAUGAACGAGAUCUGCACCAUGAUUGAUAAAAUUAAGCAGUCAGCGACAGGAACGAAGAGAAGAGUGUUCAUCAUUGAAACUAUGGGUGGCUAUUGUGGUUACUUAGCCACUCUCUCGGCGUUGGCCUCUGGUGCCGAUAACGCGUACAUUUUCGAAGAAAAAUUCACUGUUGAGGAUAUUAUCGAAGACGUAGAGGUUAUCGCGGCUAAAAUGGCGCAAGGAGUGCAAAGGUAUCUCAUUGUGAGAAACGAAUAUGCCAACAAAAACUUCACCACCGAGUUCGUUAAGCAGCUCUUCGCUGAAGAAGGAAAAGGAGAGGUACGGAUACUUACGGGAUAUUUUUCCUUUCGAAGAGUUAGUGGAAGGGGCUCAUAUUUCUUGGCUAGUAAUUCUUGGCUUACUUCCUUUGAAUGCCAUUGUACUCCAUUACAGUUUUCUACGCGAAUCAACAUCCUUGGUCAUGCUCAACAGGGUGGCAGUCCAACACCUUUCGACAGAAACAUGGGCACAAAAUUAGCUGCAAGAGCCUUAGAGUAUAUCAUUACACAAAUCAAGGACUCCAUGGUGAAUGGCGUUGUCAUGACAAAGUCACCGGAGACAGCCACAUUGCUAGGUUUAACAGGAAGACGUGUCGUCUUCACCCCAGUAGAAGAGCUUGCUGCCGAAACAGACUUCGAUAAGCGUCUGCCUUGUGAACAGUGGUGGUUGAAACUGAGACCACUGCUUCGUAUAUUAGCCAAACACACUUCAAUUUACCAUACUGAAGCCAUGGAAGAUACGGAAGACUACAACGAGUAG